AGGGACCAGCUCAGUAAUGAACAUCCACUAUGAGAAGGAGGAACUAGAAGGCCACCGGACUCUGUUUGUCGGGGUUCGGAUGCCCAGGCAGAGCCAUCGUCACCACAAGCCCCAUGGCUCUCGGCACCGCAAGAGAGACAAAAGGGCAGGAAGCAUCGCAACACAACAAAGCGAGGAAACUGAGACAACCACCUCCAGUCAUGACACGCCGUCCCAGCGGGUCCAGUUCAUUCUGGGCACAGAGGAGGAUGCUGAACAUGUGACCCACGAGCUGUUCACUGAGCUGGAUGAGAUCUGUGUGAAGGAUGGCAAGGAUGCUGAGUGGAAGGAAACAGCCAGGUGGCUGAAGUUUGAGGAGGACGUGGAGGAUGGCGGGGAGAGGUGGAGCAAGCCCUAUGUCGCUACUCUCUCCCUCCAUAGCCUGUUUGAGCUUCGCAGUUGCAUCAUCAAUGGCAGCGUGUUGCUUGACAUGCAUGCUGACUGCAUCGAAGAGAUUGCAGACAUGGUGCUGGACCACCAGGAGGCGUCCCAUGAGCUGGACGACAGUGUGAGAGUGAAGGUGCGUGAGGCUCUGCUGAAGAGACAUCACCACCAGAACGAGAAGAAGAAGAACCUGAUGCCCAUGGUACGCUCCAUCGCUGAGGGAACCCGCAAACAGUCAGAGACCCAACUCACAGGGCCAGCCACAUCUCCCCAGCCUCCACCUGCUACAGAACCAGCUAAGAACGGUGGCGGACAGGACAGCAACCAAGUGGACCUCAGCAAGGUGGACCUGCACUUCAUGAAGAAGAUCCCAGAGGGUGCAGAGGCCUCCAACGUACUAGUGGGAGAACUGGACUUCCUGGAGCGGCCCAUUGUGGCCUUUGUCCGCCUCUCCCCUGCUGUGCUGCUCACUGGACUCACUGAGGUCCCCAUACCAACGAGGUUCCUCUUCAUUCUCCUGGGUCCAGAUGGAAAGGCCCAGCAAUACCACGAAAUUGGACGCUCCAUGGCAACCAUUAUGACAGAUGAAAUCUUUCACGAUGUAGCCUACAAGGCAAAGGACAGAAGUGACCUGCUGGCUGGGAUAGAUGAGUUCCUGGACCAAGUGACGGUCCUGCCACCAGGAGAGUGGGACCCCUCCAUCCGCAUCGAGCCCCCAAAGAGUGUCCCCUCUCAGGAGAAGAGGAAGAUGCCCGGAGUCCCUAAUGGCACAGCCUGCCAGGUAGAAGAAGAGCUGCAUGCUGAGCACCAUGGGCCAGAGCUGCAGAGAACUGGAAGGUUGUUCGGCGGUCUGAUACUGGACAUCAAGAGGAAAGUGCCAUUCUAUCUGAGUGACUUUAAGGACGGUCUGAGCCUCCAGUGUGUGGCCUCCUUCCUCUUCCUUUAUUGUGCCUGCAUGUCUCCUGUCAUCACCUUUGGAGGACUGCUGGGGGAGGCGACAGAGGGGCGCAUCAGUGCCAUAGAGUCCUUGCUUGGUGCGUCUAUGACUGGAGUAGCCUACUCUGUGUUUGCUGGUCAGCCUCUCACCAUUCUGGGUAGCACUGGUCCUGUGCUGGUUUUUGAGAAAAUCCUCUUCAAGUUCUGCAAGGACUACGACCUUUCCUAUCUGUCACUAAGGACUUGCAUCGGCCUGUGGACGGCCCUGCUGUGUUUGAUUUUGGUUGCCACAGACGCCAGCUCUCUGGUGUGCUACAUCACUCGGUUCACAGAGGAGGCCUUUGCCGCCCUCAUCUGCCUCAUCUUCAUCUACGAGGCCUUGGAGAAGCUCUUCCACCUGGGAGAAGUCUACCCCUUCAAUGCACACAGCGAUCUGGACCAACUUACACUGGUGUACUGUAGGUGUGCAGAGCCAGAUAAUCCCAGUAAUAAAACCUUAGAACUCUGGAGUGAGAGAAACAUCACACCCGCUGCUGUACCCUGGUCCAACCUUACUGUCAAGGAGUGUAUCAGUAUGCAGGGCCACUUUGUUGGGACAGCAUGUGGCCACCAUGGCCCCUAUACCCCAGAUGUUCUCUUCUGGUCUACCAUCUUGUUCUUCUCGACCUUCUUCCUGUCUGCCUUCCUCAAACAACUCAAGACUAGUCGUUAUUUCCCCACCAAGGUGCGGUCCAUGAUCAGUGACUUUGCAGUGUUCCUCACCAUUGCCGUCAUGGUUCUGCUUGACUAUGUUGUUGGAGUGCCCUCCCAGAAGUUGAAGGUGCCCAGCAAAUUCCAGCCUACCAGGGACGACCGAGGUUGGUUGAUCAAUCCAAUAGGACGCAACCCAUGGUGGACAGUCCUGGCUGCAUCUAUUCCAGCUCUUCUCUGUACCAUCCUUAUCUUUAUGGACCAACAGAUAACUGCUGUGAUCAUCAACCGCAAAGAGCACAAACUGCUAAAGGGCUGUGGGUACCACCUGGACCUGCUGAUGGUUGGGAUGAUGCUGGGCGUGUGCUCCAUCAUGGGCUUGCCCUGGUUCGUAGCAGCCACUGUCCUGUCUAUCUCUCACGUCAACAGCCUAAAGCUGGAGUCAGAGAGCUCAGCUCCGGGAGAGCAGCCUCGCUUCCUGGGCAUCAGAGAACAGAGGUUAACUGGCCUGCUCAUCUUCCUGCUCAUGGGCUGCUCUGUAUUCAUGACUGGAGCCCUGCAGUUCAUUCCAAUGCCAGUGUUGUAUGGUGUUUUCCUGUACAUGGGAGUCUCUUCAUUAAAAGGCAUCCAGUUCUUUGACCGUCUGAAGUUGUUUGGCAUGCCAGCAAAGCACCAGCCAGAUUUCAUCUACCUGCGCCACGUCCCCUUGAGGAAGGUGCACCUGUUCACUGUUACCCAGCUCACGUGUCUGGUGCUGCUCUGGAUAAUUAAGACAUCCCCCGCUGCUAUCAUCUUCCCAAUGAUGGUGCUAGCGCUGGUUUUCAUCCGCAAGCUGCUGGACUGGUGUUUCUCUGACCGAGAGCUAAGUUACCUGGAUGACUUAAUGCCUGAAUGGAAGAAAAAAAACCUUGAUGAUGCCUCCAAAGAGAUACAAGAGGAAUCACUGGUUAUGCUCAAUGCAAAAAAGGAAGAUACUGUUCAGAUUCCCAUGGAGAGCAGCAAGCCCAUUCAGACCCCAAAAGCACAUGACCCCAGGUGUGAUCCCUCUGAUAUUAAUAUAUCUGAUGAAAUGUCUAAAACUACCGUGUGGAAAUCCCUCAACUCCAAUCAAAAGGACACUCGUCCUAUGGCCGCUAAGAAGGAUUGAAGGGAUCACGUUCAUAGAUGAGUAAUGGACGUCCACAUUCCUGACAGACUCAGCUGUGUCACUUGACUGUAGUUCUGGACCACAGGAAACUGCGACUGCCGUCAGCCUCUUCAGUGCAUAGUGAAACAAGUCUUGAUGAUUUCUACCAGCUCCCCGCAACCCAUAAUACUGUCAAUAAACAUGCAGACAAAAAGAAA